GAUCCAGCAUCCAAACAUCAUUACCUUUUAUGGAUGUUGUUCUGACAACCCUCUUAAUUUAGUUUUUGAAUAUGCGGAUCAGGAAAAUCUAAGAGAAUAUCUAAAAGAUAAAUUUGAUUUGAUAACAUGGAAUAAUAAGCUUAAACUUUGUAAAGAUAUUACUCGUGGUCUACAUUUUUUACAUAAUUACGAUAUAAUUCAUAAAGAUAUAUGGUCCAAGAAUAUUUUAAUUUCACAAUGUACUGCCAAGCUUUCCAAUUUUGGAUUUAGCAAGUUUGAGAAUGAAGAAACUAGACCAAUUGAUG